CUGUGACAGAUCUGCCACCACCAUGCAACUUACCCGCCUGCUCCUGAUUGGCACUGUUGUUCUGGGACUUGUUGUACUUUGCGAUGCGCAGAGACCCUUCCAUGCAGAGUGCCACGUGCAAUGGUACUUCGGCAUUCCGUGUAGAUGGGUAUAUGAAGCUUUGGUCUCUCAGAUUAAGAAGUGGAGGUCAAGGACAGGCUGCACGAUGGGAGGACAAAGGUGCAUGUAUAAGCUCCAGGCGGCAUCAUCCCACUUCAUCACAGCCAAACACACCACUCCGCUCAAGACCGUCGAUGACAUCACCUUCCACUUGGUCUCCUUCGGCUUCUUCACUCACUGCAGUGUUUCGGGAAUGUCAGUGUCAGAGUCGUGGUAUACAGUGAAAGACAACGGAGGGAAUUACUGCAAUCUCUACAACCUAAUGGAUGGAAGUGCCCUGACGAAAGCCCAAGGAUACAAGGAGAUCACCAGUGACUUCAUGUGUACCCAGCGCUCCGUUGCUAACUGCACAUUGAGGCAGCGCCGCUGACAGCUUGACCAGGCCAAGGACGAGAACAUCUGAAAGGGCCCCCCUGUCCAUAAAUAAAAUGUAAUGAGGACCCAAUUCUUGGCCAAUCCUUUCCCCGGGCCCGGCAAAACUUACCCAUUUGUCCCCCCUGCUGUCGGCAGGCCUGCGUUGAAGUGACGGGUGCAGUAUGUAGCCUACGUAUGUAUGCUACAAGUUGGCCAAUGAGCUUGUAUGGUCAUAGUGUCAUCAUAGGGGUGUCAAACUCACUCAAUAUUCACAGUGGGACAAACAAUUAAAAUAUUGAACUGAAGAAAUUGGACUGAAAAUAUGCAUGCAAGCCCUUAAAAUGCUUUGUGACAAAAUUAAAGGCAAGGCAAAUUUCUCUGAUUCUGAGGAGGAGGAGAUGCAUGCACUGCUGAUGUUUGGCAUUGCACCUGGGCCUAGCCUUGGGUUGACACCUGUGACAAAAAACUUGGGCAUUUCAACAAUCCAGUUGGCCUUUUCUCUUGUAAGCAGUGGCACACUUAAUUCAGUGUGCAGGGAAAAUAUACUUUCCCACCAGGACAGACCAUUAAAACACAGGACAAUCAGGUUAAAUCAGGCAGGUGAAACUGGUGGAAACACAAGCCAAAUAACACUCCUUGUUAUGCAAGUUAUGGUCACAUCACCAGUGUUUAUGGGCCACCUGUAGGCUAAUUAAUAUACACAGAAAGCCAUCAUGUGGGCCAAAUAAAGUUAUUCCUCGGACCAGAUUUGGCCUGCGGGCCUGAGUUUGACACCCCUGGCAUAAACCGUCCAGUUUUGAUACUUUCUUCCCUUAGAUCAUGCUGGUUUCUGUAUUCCCUAAUACACACAUCAGUGGAAUUUGUUUCUGUCACAGACAGCACCAUGUUUGUAGCUUUUAGGUAUUUUUUUAUCUUUCAUUUUUAUCUUUGUAGAAUUGUUUUGCUGCUUGUAGUUGAGGGAAGGUAUGAUUGGUACUUACUGUGUGUACACAUCAGGUCUACCAGUAAAGGACGUCUGCACUGAUAUUCACACAUGUUGUGCUUUGUACUUACCAGACCCCAUAUAAAACCAGUCUUUUAAGUUUUUGUGGUGGAAUUUUACUCAAGACA